AUGGACGGCCACAGUGACUGCCAACAGCAGCAGCGGCAGGGCGCGGUUUCACCUGAGUCGCAGUCGCCCGCUCUUUCUUUCGGCGGGCUGUCGUUUGAUGAGUGCAGGAGCGUGUUCCUCUCACCCAACGCCCGCAGCUCAACUGACAUGCACGUGCCAUCUCUCUGGAUCCCUCCCUCCGCCUCCCACGCUGCCGUCCUCACUGCUGCUGCUGCCGCCAAUGCUCCCUUCUCCAUAUUAUCUUUCUCCGCUGCCACUUCUCCCUCCAAAGUUGCUGCUGUCCCAAAUGCCACUCCUGGUUCCAAUGCUGCUGUUCUCCCCAACAACGCAAUGGUGACCAACACAGCGACGUAUGCGGCCAGUUCUGCUGCGCUCAGCCUGCCGAUGAAGAGAGCGCGGGAGGAGUUUAGCGCUCUCACGAUGGACCCGCCCCUCCUCGUGGAUGCAUCUCGGGAGGAGCUUGGCCUGCCUCGUCGUGUGGCGCAGCGGCCUCAGUCGUUUGAGGAGCUGCUUCAGCUGCAUGGAGAGAGGUGCCACCAGCAGCGAGCCCUGUGGCCGGGCGUGGGGUUGGAGAGAGCCUGGUUGGGCCAUCUGCUGCUGCAGGAGCGCUACCAGCAGCAAGGGGAGACGAGUGCAGUGCAGCGGGUGCUGUGGCCGCGCGUUGGUUCUGAAGGUGCUCUUCCAGAUGAUGUGUUGCUGGGAUUCAGCAACGACGACCCCGCCUUCAUCCAGCGCUCUGCUCUGUCUGCUCCUCCGCCCACCCAGCCACACGCAGCGCUGCCAGCGCCAAUGCCCUCCCAACUCGCUGCCGGGCCUUAUUCUGCUCCGUGCAUUGAUGAUUCCAAGCCCUGCAUUGGCGAUUCCAAGCCCUGCUGUGGGGAUGUGGCUCCGUGCGUUGAAGAUGCGCCCCCUGCUGACGCCCGUGCUGCUGUACAGCAGCUGGCCCAGUCCGUCGACUCCUGCACCCAGGAGCACGGCAACAGCUACGCGCAUGACAGCAAAAGCGAUGUGCAUGCACACGGCAGCAGUAACCACGACAUCCCAGUGCAGGGCAACAGCAAUGUGCCCUACGGCAGGAGCGAGAGCCUCUUUCUCGACGUGCCCGUCUCCCACCUGUGCCUCGCUGAGCCUGCCUCCACGCCCCUGACAGGUGAGAGCCCGGCACCCCCAGGGGGUGGGGUGGCUCUGCCGGAGUGGGCGGUGGAGCAGGGUGGGACCCACGAGGGAGGUGUUCAAUCACACAGGGAUCAUCGGCAGCUCCUGGGCGGUCAUCACCGGCAACAACUGAGCAGUCACCAGUUGCAGCAUCUGAGCGGUUACCAGCAUUGCCCAGCGGUGGGCGACGUUGGUGAUGCCCUGGGAGUUGAAUCUGCUUCCUGGGAGAGCUCCUUCCCUCCCGGGCUCAACUCAGAUGUGCCUUCUGCAAGCAGUCUGCUUGGGCUCGGAGAAACAGCUGAUUUGAAGGUGGAGGAUGGCUGGAGAAUGGACAUGCCUGGUGUCAACUCUGCCGGAGCAUGGCAGCACGGCAGCGGGGUGCGCACGUCGCAACUACUGCGCGUCCUGGCGGGGGAAACCGGCGGAGGUGGGGGCAGCGCGGGUGAGGGGAGCGCGAAUCGACUGCACUUCAUGAGCCCGGCGAGGAGAAACGUGUAUUCGCAGGAGCUGGAGGCAGCAGGCAUUGCCACGUACCAGUGUGCGCCCAACAGGGCGGCGGAUUUCCACGCGGUGCUGGACGCCGUGCACCCCACCAUUGCCGUCUUUGACAGGUUCACGAGCGAGGAGGCCUUUUCCUUCCGCGUGAGGCAGCGCUGCCCCGCCUGUCUGCUCGUGCUCGACACACAGGACCUGCACUUCCUCCGGGCAGGCGGGGCGGCAGCAGGUGUUCACUGCGCCUCACCCACCUUUUUAACCCCCUCUUUCUCUCCUUCCCUAUCCUCCCGUCCGCCCACCCGCCUUCCCUCCCUCCCUCCCUCCCUCCCUCCCUCCCUCCCUCCCUCCCUCCCUCCCUCCCUCCCUCCCUCCCUCCCCCCCUCCCUCCCUCCCUCCCCUCGUCUCUCACUCGCCCCCUUCAGCUGUGUUCACAGGCGGAGCUCGCUGUCCUCAAGCGCUGCUACGCCUUCCCGCCCCACAAGCUUGCCCUCGCCUCCUUCUUCUAUGAUUCACCCGAGACAGUGCCCGGUGGGGCAGUGGGAGGUGGGGCAGUGGGAGGUGGGGCGGACAGGUUCCACCUCCCCCUGUGCCGCCCCCACACCGUCCCCCUGGGAGCAGCGGCAGCACUGUGUCGUGCUGGGCACGUUCCGCCACGCGCCCAACGUGGACGCUGUCUCCUGGCUCGCCUCCCAUGUCUGGCCUCUCAUUCGCGCCCAGCUACCAAUGGCAGAGUGCCACGUGUACGGCUCCUACGUCACAGCAACCAUCUCGUCCCUGCACGACCCCUCCUCUGGCUUCAUCAUUCGCGGCCACGCCCCCUCCCUUCACACACUCGCCUCCUACCGAGUGCUGCUGGCGCCGCUGCGCUACGGGGCGGGCAUAAAGGGCAAGGUCCUCGACAGCUGGCGCCACGGCACGCCCGUCGUCACCACCCCCAUCGGCGCCGAGGGCAUGGGCGGUGGGGGGGGAGGGGAAGUGGGGGAAGAGCCAGGGGAGGGGGACAAGGGGAUGACAGAGGGGGUGGGAGAAGGGGGUGGGGGGAAGCAGGGGGGCGGGCCUCAGCAGUGGGAGAGGGGGCAGCAGUGGGGGGGGCUGUGUGGGGCGGGGGAUGCGGAGGCGUUUGCAGCGGAUGCGAUGCGGCUGUACAGCGACCCUCACCUCUGGACCACUUGUCAAUCCGCGGGCCGCACCAUCCUCCACCAGCAGUUUGGCAUGCUCUCCAACGCAGCCGCGCUGCUUGCCGCUCUGUCUGCUGCCAAGAAAAACAUGCGUGAUAACAGAAUGCAUGACUAUACUGGGGUCAUCUUGUGGCAUGACAGCAACAGGGCGACCGAGUAUUUUUCGCGGUGGAUUGAGCUCAAAGAAAUGGGUGCAAGAUCACCACAGUGA